CUCUUAUUCUACCUAGGAAAUUAUAUAUGACAGUUAAGGUUUUGGGUCAAUCGGGUUUGCUACUAUUGCGAGACAUGAAACCGUAUCUUCAACCCUGAUCAUGAGUAUAAACAAUAUGACUUGAAUCAACCGUUCACUUGAAUGGUUGGAAACUCAUAAUAUCAAAGAUUUACCUUUGCCCUUCAAUAACCAAGUUCAACCCAUUUUGAAAUGGGCAAGGAGAUGUGAGAGAGUCAUUCAACCCAAUGUAAUUAUAUAGACUCAAUUAAGUGGUAAUCAAAAUUACAAAACAAGUGAAGUUUCACCAAAGAGCAUAAUAAAAGUGGUGAGGGAGGGAUGGCUAGGUACAUAUAUUAUAUAUAGUGUAACUAUUUAUGGAGAAGCAAGAAAGAGGAUUUAAUCCCUCAAGCCAACCCUUUAAGAAGCAAUCUAGCUAGGGUUUCAGUGCUUUGCUUUGAUUUUGCAUUGAUCAUUAUCAUUCACUAGCCAUAAGUAUUAGAUGCAAGCAAAAGUGCGUAUAUUCCCCUCCUCUUUGUGUCAAAAGAACGAGGGAAAAACAAAAAGCAUUGAAUGGUUUUGCUUCUUGCCAGCAUUCAUUGUGACACACCAUUGAUAAACCCUAGAAAUAUAUAUGAUGGCUUACCUAGGAGAAUUAUUAGAGGUAAAAGUGAGAUUCCCCCUCCACCCAAAAUUGCUAAAGAAAUUCAUUAUACUUCAAGUAUUACUAGGUGACUGUAUAUACAACAAUGUUCUUGUAUACUUCCUUGUUCUCAAGUGAAUCGGAUCAUAAAUAAAACAUUAACUUUACAAAAAUAAAAUAAAAUGUAAUGUCUGAGCCCAGGUUCGAACUGGGGACCUUUAGUGUGUGAGACUAACGUGAUAACCAACUACACCACCCAGACAUUGAUGUAGAUUGAACAUACUAGCUGCUACUAACCUGCAAGCGCCCACAUGCAAUAAGGCUCUAAUAUUUUCAUCAACUUCUCAAUUAGGGGUGGCUAUUUGGUCCGACCUUUUUGAACCGAAACCGGACCGAGACCGGACCGAGACAGGAUAGCAAACAAUCCAAUCACAUCUUCAGGCUUGGACUUGAGGUAAAAAAUUGUUCAGGAUCGGACUGGAAACCGAAUAAAGACUGGAUAAGAGAGCCCAACGCCCAAAACUUAACAUACUCCUCAGUCCUCACCCUUUGAGGCCUCAGACCAUUCAAAUCCCCACAAGCUCAAUCUAAAAUCAAGACCGAAUUGGGACCGGACUGUAUCCGAUCCAAUCUUUGGUCCUUAUAUUCCCGAAAAGACUGGACCGAGAUCGAAUCAAUUUGAGCCCAUUUAAUCAGACUGAACCGUAUAGCCACCCCUAUUCUCAAUGUAUAUGAAUAUGAUCUUAUCAUUCCUGUUAAUUUUUUUCUCUAAUCCGUAACGAACUACUCACAUUUAAACUCAUUGCUUGUAGAAGGUUUAUUUGGCUAUGAAUUUCAUCGUGUCUAAAAACAAAAUGUGAGCCAUACUUCAUAACUAAUAUUCCCAAAUGAUCUAAUACAUUAUCUUCCAGUAAUUUAUAAUGGAUAAUCAAAUUCCACAUUCUAAGGGUUGAACGCAUCAUUCCCAAAUGACGUUGGUGGACUUUUUUUAGAUUCGUGAAGUCAACAUACAUUCGUAAUUUUGAUUGGUCUAGAACCCCUUAAUCAACACACAUACGUACCUCUUCACCACGAGGAAUGACAUUGGCUAAUCAACCAGGUGGAGUAUGCAACUUUGCGAUUAACAUCAUCUAAAUCUAAUCAAACUUGAUGUUCGUAGACAUGAAAACGUAACAUUAAUCAAGUACCCCUUAAUCAAUGAAUUAAAAUCGUAGAUGCAAUCAUCUUCAGGGUUUAGUAUAUCGACUUCCGCGAAAUCCUUUCAGUUAUCAAAUAUAUCUAAAAAUAAGGCCCAGACCGAUGUACUACUAGAGUGUACUUUACUUUAUUCAAUGUACUCUUAGUGAGAUAUCUCUAUUUAGACCAUGAUUUUAAUCAACUUUGAGGGUAUGAUACUAUACCUAACCUCUAAUGGAUAAACCAUAGACCCUGAUUCUCUCAACUCAAACACAAAAUUCAAUUAAAUGAAAUUUUAUAAUUGACCGCUGAGAUUGACCAGAACUCAAAAAAGUAUAUCUAACGGCUAGAUCGUAUGGAAUAUACUAUACUCUUAGAGUAUACCAAUCUUUUACCCUAAACAAAAUAUAUAUUAAGAAGCAAUAAAUACAUAAAAUAAUUUAAAUACCUCACCUUAAAACCAAUUAUGACGACGGCCGUUGCAUUUAUUCUCUCUUACAUCAUCUCAUCUCCCCAAAGCUUCAUAAUAUUUUCUUUUCCUUUCCUCCUCCCCCUUUCUCUCUCACUCACAGAAUAUGAACUCCCAUGAACAUCAAAAAGCCCACAAUUCCUCUCUCUUCUUCUUCUUCUCACUCACACACACAAAAAAACUCCCAUUUCCUUUCCUCUCUCUACUUCUUUUCCCCUCUUCCUCAAAACCCUCAUUUCUCUUAUGGACAUCAAUCAAACCCAUCUCUGCUGGAACAAUAUUAUCCAUCACCAACCACCACCAUCACCAAUUGAUCAAUCCCACCAUCAAACCUCAACAAACUUCCCUCCUUCCUUCCAAUUAGACCAUUUCCCAUCCCCAAACUUUCUCAGCAACCAAACAGAAAAGCAACUCCAACCGAGCAAAGACCCUAUGCAACUAUUUUGUUUGGAAAAUCAAGAGUCAUCCCUCAAGGAAUGCAACGAAGAAGGAGGUCAUGAAGGUGAUGAUGAUGAGGAGGAGGAGGAAGAAACGGAAAAGGAGGAUCUGGGAGCCAUGAAGGAGAUGAUGUACAGGAUGGCGGCGAUGCAGCCCGUAGAGAUCGACCCUGCUUCGAUCCGGAAGCCGAGGAGGAGGAACGUUCGGAUCAGCGACGACCCUCAGAGCGUCGCUGCCCGACACCGCCGCGAGAGGAUCAGCGAAAAAAUUCGGAUCCUCCAGCGGCUGGUCCCCGGAGGGACCAAGCUCGACACGGCUUCCAUGUUAGAGGAAGCCGUGCGGUAUGUCAAAUUCUUGAAGCGUCAGAUACGCCUCCUCCAAACCACGACAACGACGAAUAAUGAUAGUAGGACAACAUCUGAUCAUCGUCCUACUCCUCGUAUUACCACUAGACCAACUUGUUCGGUACCGGCGGAUGGUUUGGGAGGGUUUCUUGGGUUUGGGAUUGGUGGUGCCGCAGCUGAUGGUGUCCACGUGGGUGAUGGUGGUGUUGGUGAUAAUCAUGGUUUAGUGUGCUUUGGUGGUCAUGAUGAGGUAAUUAGCGAUCCUUUAAUUGGAAGUUGAUCAUAAGAGUAGUGUUGUAGAUAAUGAUACUUAUAUAUUUGUAACUUGUAAGGCUAAUUAAACAUGAGAUUAGAAACUUGGUUAAUUGAUAUGUAUAAGUCAUUAGUUAAUAGUUAUAGUUUUGAGUGUGAAUAACAAUAGACAUGCAUAUGGCCAAACAAAUAUGUCUUUUAUUUUCGAACACCGAUGAUAAUCCGCGAUUAAAUGUCGUAUAAUUGC